CAUGUUGUUCCAUUGACGGGUCUUUCUGCUCGACUCAACAAGUUGCUAGAGAUUAUUUUAUCUAACAGCUGUGUCCCCGGGUUCUGCUUUGGUGGAAGAUGGCAAUGAUGGUCGUUUUGGCAGCAGUGCUUCUCACUUAUGGAGUCUCUACAGGAAUUGCAAUGAAGGCUGGUCGAUCUGGUGCUGUACCUGGGAAAAACAGUGUGCUUCCACUGGACAUGGCUGAAAACUCUGUUGACGACAGCUACAAUGGGUGCAAAGAUAAAAUGAAGAAGAGAGUAACAAAAGACCUGGAGAAUGAGAAGAACAUAAACCCAAACUUCAAAGCGGUCUGGGACAGCUCAGAGGAAAUUGUCCACACAAAAUUUAAGAAAUGGUCUACCAAAGUCCUGAAAAAAGAUCAGAUUGUAGCUAUUUAUUCUUACACCUCUGACAAAGUCUAUCGUGAUUUCAACAAUGCAGUUCGAACCCAGGGACCUGAGUACGAGACCACAUUCGGGUAUCACGCACUUCACUUUCUCUUGACUACUGCCAUUCAAGCUAAAAGAGCCAAUAGGAAAAAACGAUGUCUCACUGGCUACCGUAGAGUCAACAGGUACUUUAGCCAAGAUGUUAAAAACAGACAUAUUCGAUUUGGCUCUUUCACCUCAGCCUCAAAAGGUCAUUACAGCGAUGCAAAGACGUUCGGAGAAAAGUCAUGCUUUCAGAUUUUCACGUGCAUGGGAGCAGAUAUCUCCCGCUAUUCUAAAUACCCGCAUGAAAGAGAAGUGCUGAUUCCUCCCUAUGAGGUCUUUAACGUCAUAGAGAUAAAGAAUAGGUCAACAAUGGCGCCAGAUCUUCCAUGUGAGGUGGUCUAUAAAGUGAAGAGUACAGGCUAUAUUUCCAAGUUGAAUUGUGCUCUUUUUCCAAAGUAAACAGUAAACGUUUUACAUACAGUUAACAAAACAUGUAACAUUUAGGAUGCACCAUUUUAAGUACUGCAAAUGAUCUGUAAUCAAGAUUAAUGUGAAUGUGGAUUUAUUUGUUACCAAUGACAUUUCUCGACAAUCUCAAAUUGAGCUGUAGAUUUUCUACUGUGCAACAAGUGUUUAAGAGAAAUUAACACUAGCUGCAUAAACAUGGACCCUUACAAUUGUGUCAUUGUUAAACUGGAUCUGUAUGAAAAUGUUUAAAUGAAUAACAAGAAUUUAAAUGUUGGAAUACAUUGUAUUAUUGCCCAUGUCAUCUGUAUUUAAAUUGGAUGCAUAACCUGUCAUAUAUACAAAGUUACUGUAUGAAAAUGUCUUAAAAAAUAAUUAAACACUCGUGUUUC